AUGCAAGAAGAUCGUAGUAAGAGCUGCGUUAAUAUUCAGGAACAUUUGAAGUUUGCAGAGAAUGGUCGUACCUUACACCUUACAUUUAACGAAACACUAGUUUCGUUAUAUCCUACUUGCACUGCUUGUGUUUGGGACAAAAACAGCAGUACCAUAUCUGGUCUGACAGAAUGUGAAAACUUUCAAGUAAAAGCACAGUUUACACACUGCAGUAAAGUUGUUCCCCAUCGUGCGCCUGUUCCUGCUUAUAAGAAGCUGAACGAAGAGCACACUAAUGCCACAGUGACUUUAACCUGGAACAUUGAUGCUCGGUGUAAUUUGAAUUAUUCAUAUUGCUGUUCCUACAAUGGUAAUGAGUAUAUCUCCGAUUGUAACGAUUUUCGGAAUAACAAAAGCAAGAUACUUAAAGUGUUACCCAAUACAAAAUAUCAGUGUGUUUCAUAUAUUCAUAAUCAAACAAUAAAUGAUACAGUUAACCUAACAACAGACUACGGAACACCAGACCCACCUGAAAUGUGUGUAUUGAUCCCAGCUGCAAAAAAUAUAACAGUUACUUGGAAAGAACCAAAAAAUCAAGCACCUGGCCCUAUUGAUGGUUAUAUAGUCAGCAUACCUGAUAAGAAUACUGCUGAUCUCAGUUUGACAAAUGAAUCUUGCCAGAUUCAGAAAAAACAAGAAACCAAAUUUUAUAUGUUCAUCCAUCUUAAUUCUGGUGAUAUUAAUGGGAGAUUGGCGACCUUCUGUGAAAAUGAAACACCAGUAAUUACUUCUGAAUUUGUGUCUCUGCAUCAACAUUAUUUAUAUUUGGAUAUAUUUAUGUUUUUAACAUUUCUUUCUAUUCUAGGUCCUGAUGAAGAAAAGGUUCCUAAUGGGACGACCUGUACAAAGACCGGUUUAAAACCAUACACAAAUUAUUCAGUGAGUGUACAGGCAUAUACAGAGACAAAAAAUCACUUACAACUUAGGGGGAAAGCCUGUACCAAAGUUGUUAUGACUCUAGCAGCAGAACCAGAACCUGUGACAAAGCUUGAGGUAGACUUAUCCAGUGAAGCAAACAAUGCUGUAAAAGUUACUUGCACAGGACCAAAAGAAUUAAAUGGGCCUUUCGAAAUCUAUAUGUUGAAGUGGAAUGGUCAUGGAAUGAAUGAAAGCAGCUGUGAAUUCAAUGUGAAAGAUCUUUAUUUUUUGAAAACAUACAAUUUUACAGUUAUUGUUUUCAAUGGAAAUUAUUCUUCAGAGCCAAGAUGGAGCGAAAUAACCACCAAAUAUAAUUCUAAAGCUGUGAUUGGAUUCUUGGCAUUCUUGAUUAUUGUAACAUUUUUGGCUUUACUUCUUGUUCUGUAUAAAAUAUACAUCCUUAACAGAAAAAACUCAAGAGAUGAAGAAGAAGGACUAAGGCUUGUUCCCAGAGAUGAUGAAAGGCAGAUGAAGAACAUAGACCCAAUUCCUGCGGAAUUAUUGUGGGAAGCAUAUAAGAGAAAAAUAGCAGAUGAAGGAAGGCUUUUUCUGGAUGAAUUCCAGAGCAUUCCCAGAGUCUUCAGUAAAUACUCUAUAAAAGAAGCACGCAAGCCUUAUAACCAGAACAAAAACCGCUACAUUGAUAUCCUCCCCUAUGAUUAUAAUCGUGUGGAGCUUUCCUCAAGCCCUGAGGAGCCAGGAUAUGACUACAUAAAUGCAAGCCAUAUAGAUGGUUUCAAAGAAAUGAGAAAAUACAUUGCUGCACAAGGUCCCAAGGAGGAGACAACAGAUGAUUUCUGGAGAAUGAUCUGGGAACAAAAGGCAACCAUUGUUGUCAUGGUGACUCGCUGUGAGGAAGGCAACAAGAUCAAAUGUGCCAAAUACUGGCCAUCAAUGGAGGAGGAGAUUGCAUCUUAUGGGGACAUUAUAGUAAAGAUAAAUGAAUGCAAAGUGUGUCCAGACUACAUAAUUCAGAAGCUGCAUAUCAACCAUAGAAGAGACAAGGCAGCAGGAAGAGAUGUGACCCACAUUCAAUUUACAAGCUGGCCAGAUCAUGGAGUACCUGAUGAUCCUCAUCUCCUGCUCAAGCUGCGCCGCCGAGUCAAUACUUUAAGCAAUUUCUUUAGUGGCCCAAUAGUAGUCCAUUGCAGUGCUGGUGUAGGACGCACUGGAACCUAUAUUGGGAUUGAUGCAAUGCUGGAGGGAUUAGAAGCUGAAGGACGAGUUGAUGUAUAUGGCUAUGUUGCAAAACUACGACGUCAGCGAUGCCUUAUGGUUCAAGUGGAGGCACAGUACAUCUUGAUCCACCACGCUUUGGUUGAAUACGUCCAGUUUGGCGAAACAGAGGUCUCUGUUUCAGAACUGCACAACCAUCUCAAUCAGUUAAAGAAGAGAGAUCCUCCCAGUGAUCCAUCUCUGCUGGAAGCUGAAUUCCAGCGGCUGCCUUUAUACAAGAACUGGCAGAAUCAGAAAGCUGGCAGGAGAGAGGAAAACAAAAGGAAAAACCGGAGUUCCUCAGUAAUUCCAUAUGAUUACAACAGAGUGUUAUUCAAACGUGAAGAAGAAGGGAGCAGAGAGAGUGAACAAGAUGCCAAUGAGUCUUCAGAUGAGGAUAGUGAUUGUGAGGAGGAACCCAAUAAAUAUAUCAAUGCUUCCUUUAUACCUAGUUACUGGCAUCAAAAUGGAAUUAUAGCAACACAAGGGCCACUUCCGGAAACAAUAGGUGACUUCUGGAACAUGGUCUAUCAAAGGAAAGUCAGAGUUAUUGUUAUGCUGACGGACACUCAGGAACUCUGUGCACAGUAUUGGAAAGAAGAAAAAAUGGCAUAUGAUAAUAUCACAGUUGAACUAAAAGAUAGCAACUUUAGUCCCAGUUAUACCAUUCGUGCCUUUGUCUUAACUCAUAUAAAGAGGAAAGACAGCAGAAAAGUGUUUCAGUAUCAGUACCAUAAAUGGGAAAGCUCUGCUCUCCCAGAAAUCCCUCAAGACUUAACUGCCAUGAUCCAGAAUCUCAAACAGAAAUUUUCAGCCCAAGAUGCAGCUGAAGCAAAUGAGCCCAGCAAGAAUGUUCCAGUCAUUGUUCACUGUGGUGAUGGUUCCAAACAAACCGGAGUAUUUUGUGCUUUGCUGAACCUCUUGGAAUGUGCUGAGACUGAAGGUGUAAUAGAUGUUUUCCAAGUUGUGAAAUCUCUUCGUAGAGCCAGGCCAGGAAUGGUUUCCUCCUUUGAAGAAUAUCAGUUUCUAUAUGAUACUAUUGCAAGCCUGUAUCCUACCCAGAAUGGACAGCUACAAAAAGCCCAAUGUCAUGAACACAUCAGUAAUGUCCAGAAUGAAGUCAAGAAAGAAGAAGGGGGUAACCCUUUGGAAUCUGAUUCCCAAGUUAUGCAUCAGGAAAAUGGAAAUGAUGCUGAAAUGUGUAACGAUUCCAAAGCAAAGGAUGCAUCUAGGGAAGUAGAGAGUUCUUUCAAUGGACCUACAAAUCCAGUUUUAAGUGACAUAGCCUAGAAUUCUAAUCCAAGUUUCUGUACAUGCCACACAGAAUCUUCCUGCAGAAGAAAAUUGGAACCAAAAUAUUAGAAAUGGGCAUUCCUUUACAGAAGACAUCUUGUAAAACUCAAAGGAUUGUUUUCCUCAAAGGAACAGUAUGGAAGAAUGUGGAACUUUUGGAUAGAUAUAGCAUACUGUGAAUUUUGUAUGUGUGUUUGUGUGUAGAUUCUCCAUUUUUAAUCACUGGGUAUAAUUUGUACUGUUUAAUAUUUUUGGAAGGACAGCAUUCUUUUUUAUAAAGGGCUUUUAUAUAGCUCCAAAAUAAGAAACCUGCUCUACUGUUCCCUGUUGUUUUUUUAAGGAGGAAAGAAAGCAGCUCAUACACAGCUUAAAUAUAUGUUUGCCUGUAAAAAUAUUCAGGUUGGUAUCCAAAAAGAAACUGCAAGUGAUUCUGAAUGCACAGAGCAUGUAAAAAAGGGGCCAGGCUUCAAGUAUAAGCUUGUAGUCACCAUCUUUACUUUUAUGACCUUCCCUGCAGAUGCCCCAGUAUAUUUUUCAGAUGAGAUCUACUUUAUCCUACUUCUAAAUUGAUUUGAAUUUUAAAAUAAAUUUCUGAUAUUGCAUGAGAGUUACUGAUAAACUUUUUGGAGUGGGGACAAAAAUUCUUCAUCUUUGGUUGAAAUCCAUAGAUAUUACAUGCUAAUUUUAUAUGUCUAAUUAGUCUGGGCCCAUUGGCUCUAAUGAUCAGAAAGUAACUCCAGUGUAAAUAUGGAGAACACAAAGUAUAAUGUUCACUGCAGUUGUGGGAUACUAAAAUGAAAUGAACAGCUUGCAGGCCUGCUGGUCAACAUAGUAAUAACGAACAGUGACAACUUGGGCCAACGUUAACUAAGCAAAGAGAAAUUCAGAAGGUCUAUUAAAUGGAUGAACUGGGUUCGUAUAAACUGGGUCACUGAAACUGAGCAAAGAGUCUUAAAAAGUUUAAAUUCCUUUGAGUCAAGCUCAGCUGGUGAAGGCAUGGGCAAUUCCAUAUCCUUUUCUCAAUAGCAAUUUGGAGGUGUUUUGCCAAAGCAUAACUUGCUGGUAAAAAUUUAUGGGCUGCAUAUCUAAACUUGGCCUCAGGGUGUCACUGCAUGUACAGAAAUUUGUCUCAAUCCCCAAUGAAUCUGAUAAAUUACAAAUGCCGAAUGUUUCACCAAAUGCUGAAUAAACUUUAUUCAGCUAACCUUUUGAUGAUACAUGUUAAUACAGCUGUUCUGUUUUGCACUCUCUUUCUCUGGCUUGAAUAGAAUUUUUAUUUACAUGAUUCUCCUUUCUUUUUAUUCUUUAUAGUUUACGCCUUUGGAAAGGUUGCACUUUUCAUAAAUUUUGUAUGAAAAACAGUUUUGGAUGUUAUAUUUUUGGACCAUUCCUAUUUUAAAAUAAAAAUAAUGUAUU